CACAUCCUAAAUUCCCAACCAUAUCCAAUGAGAAAAGAUAAUCCCAACCAUAACAGCUCUUCGACUACAUAUAUCAGACACCUUGCAAACCUUGUUUAAGCAACGACUAAUAGGAAACCAAGCAACUUUCUGCGCGCUACAUCAUUACUAUCAAACCCCAACUAGGAAAAAAGAACACAACCUUUCUUGAUUCUCUGAGAAAUAUUGGAUCAAAAGAAGGACGAAAGACCGGGAACAUGGAGAUUGAGUUGGUCAAGUGCGAGUGUUGUGGACUAAAAGAGGACUGCACACAAGACUACAUCACACAAGUGAAGGCGAAAUUCGACGACAAAUGGCUCUGUGGGUUGUGCUCGGAAGCUGUAAGAGACGAGGUUAGCAAAGGCAAGAAGCCAUUCGGCAUGGAAGAAGCUGUGAGAGCUCACAUGUCGUUCUGCGGUAAAUUCAAGUCCAACCCUGCUGUUCAUGUUGCAGAUGGGAUGAGGCAGAUGCUUAGAAGAAGGUCAGACAUGUCCUCAUCAUCGUCAUCUUCGUCUUCAACGAAGAAGUAUACGAGAUCAUCAAGCACAUCCCAAGUGGGUGAUUCAUCCUCAUUCUCAUUGUACUAAUUCAAACUCGGCAGAGCAUGUUAGGUUUGUUGGUUGAAAUAAUAUAUUGAGGUAGUGCUUGUACAGGGGGUGUUUUACCUAAAUUAUGUUUGAUGCAAUGAUGUUCCUCUUCUUUUCUUGGCUAC